UAAUGAAUAAUGAUCUCGUAAAAUUUGUACGGAUUAUAUAAUUUCUAAAUUAAGUGAUUUUCUCUCAGAAUAUGAACACUUCUAAAUGUACAUGUCGUUGCACAUGUAAACCUACAGACCAUUCCGAUAUGGAUAAUCUACCUCGAAAUCAAUACUGUUCACAGCAGAUUUCUGAUAGCCACACAGAGGAUGACGUCAAUUCAACAAAUUUCACAGAGGAGCAAAAGAAUAUGAUAAUGAAAAUAGAAGCAUAUAACAGGGAAAUAAUAAAAGAGAUAGAAAGAUUACAAAUUGAAAGUGAGAAAACCAACGAUGCUAUAAACCUAUUAAAACACUCAAAUAUUGCACAAAGUUCCUUUCAAUCACCAGAGGCUCUUCAAAGAAAAGUAGCGUUAUAUAGCGAUGCCCAAUGUUAUAAUUCACGUAUAUCUGAUGCUAACACUUCUCCAUCGAACAUAAAAGAUAAUAGUUCCUGGUGUAGAAAUGACAGAGAACUAAUGCCCGAGGGUUCUCAACAAACAUUCCAAUCGAAUAAUAUUCAGUUAAUGAAACAAUUGGAAUCGCUAAGAAAUCGACAAUUGAAACUGAUGUCAAGAAUGCACAAUUUGAAGAAAUCAAGAUUGGUACUUAUGCAGCAUAUGCAACAGUUAUAUGAAGCACAAAAGAGGAAAUCAAAAACCGAACAUCUCAAUCAGUUAACUGAUCAACAAACUUUUUACGAUUUUCAUCAAAAUAGUUCAAAUUAUCUCAGUGAUAACACAUCAGACAUGUAUACAUCUUCAUGUUUACCUAGUACAAUAAACUGUUGUGCUGACAAUAUGCCAGUAAACACAAAUAUGGUGAAAUCAUUUGUUGAUCGUGAAUGUCAAACUAAUUUCAGUGUAGAACCAAAUGAUAAACUAAAUAGUGAUAAUUCAGACUAUGAAUUCCGUUUAUCAACACUCAAAAAGCAUAAUUCAUUACCUAAUUAUUCAAAUAAUGACUGCUGUCAAUACACUGAUAAUGUAAAUUCAAAUACUACAUCCAAUGUUUCAGCAUUGGCUAUGAUAGCAGCAAUGACAGCAGCUACAAUUUUUAAGCGAACAUUUCAACAGUCUGUUUGUCAAGCAUCGAACACAAAUUCAGAUAAUUUGUAUAAACACACGUUUGAACAAAAGAAUGAUUCUGCAUUCAAUUCCUCAAUAUCGUCCAUGGAAUCUCCAUAUUGGUCAGAUUUAAAAUAUCAUACCACUACCACAAAGAAAGACGACCCAAUUGCAUGUCCAACGAAUGAUUAUCAACUGUACAAUCAUGUUACUUUCAGUCAACCUACCAACAUAUGCAAUAGAACAGAUCUACUUCCACCUACCUUAUCUGUACCCAGUUCCACUUCAUACUACUUAGGUGGUACAAAUCCAUUUCCAUCUAUCUCUUCUACAGAUACUAGUAAACUGAACAGUGGUUUACUAAUUCCAGAAUUAUCACAUGAAACGGAAAUACGAAAUUCAUUAGAACCUAUGUUUAUUCGUAAUCUAUCAAAAAGCACAAAAAUACCUGAACUUAAUUCAUUAAAAACCAAUGAAGCGGAGUAUAUUAAAAACAAUGAAGGAAAUGAAUCUAAAUCAACAAAUAUUUUGGACAAUAAUGAACUGCACCAUAACUCUCGAUUGACAACUUUCAUUAAUACACGUGAUAGAUUUUCUGAUCGUAUAUUACAAGCCCGACAGGCAAUUGACAAAUGGAAUUUGCAAAAACACUGUGAUAUUAACGAUAGCUUAAACCAACGAGAAAAUCUUGUCAAUAAAAUAAGCAAACAACUAAAUGUAACGAAUGAAAAAAUAAUGAGUGACCAAUCUUAUUCUCAACAAAGUCCACGGGUAGAUGAAUUUCCUUUUUGCAAAGAAUGUUACUUAGCUUCGGAUUUUGUGUCCUCACCAAUUUCUCCAGAGCCUAAUACUUGUCAUGAUUGUUCUGUACAGUGUGAAGAUACUGUUGUUACAAAAAGUGCAUAUUCAGACAAGAGUAGUCUUGAAAAUACGUUUACAAAAAUGAAACCUAAUGCAUCGAAGACAAUGCCAAUUCAAAUUGUCAAACCAGCAGUUAGAAAUCAGGUGCAUAGUUCAAAUGCCAGUAACAGUAUUAAAGAGUUAUCUGUAAAAAUUGAGAAUCAAAUUAAUAAUAGUAAUGUGAUUCAAGCACAUCAUUUACAGCAACAUGAAAAUCGUAGUGUAUGUGAUUACAAGGAUAAGAAAGGAAUCAAUGAUAAACGGCAAAUUAAAGGUGUUCUGAUUAGAGAAAGUUCAAAGUCCGAAAGAACUAAUAAAACAAGUAGAAAUCCUAGUGCACAACGCAGUGUAGCAUGGGUUGAUGAAGUCUUGUCACAUCCAUUAACUGAUAUCAAUAAACCUGGUGAAUCUGUUGCUAAUGUAAAUCUCGAUUCAACGUCUCGAAGUGAUGCAGUUAAUGGUCCUAGUAUUAUAAAAUGUAAUGAGAAACUUGGCAAAUAUUCCAAUCGCAAUAAUGAUAAGAAUAUAACACUAACAAAACAUACUGAAACACAUCAACCAGCAAUCAAAACAAUAACAUCAACCACAAUGACAACUACACCACGUCGACUGCUUCCAAUGCCAAGUAACAAUAUGAUGGGCAAUAAUGAAUGAUGCAAAUUAAAUUUCACAAUUCUAUUUUUGAUAUAUUAUUUUGUUAUUUAGAAAUACAAAUAGAAACAAUUACAGAAUUAUUUUACAUUUAUUAGUAUGUUCAUUUUGAAUUUGUUCAUUCA